AUGAUUCAGCGAGUGCACUUGGCUUCCGACUAUAAGGCUUUAGUAACAAGCAAGGAGAUGCCGUUUAUAGACGAAGACGGCUUGAUGCGCGUGGGUGGGCGACUUGAAAAUUCGUCAUUGAAUUUUGAAUCAAAGCAUCCAAUCAUAUUGCCAAAAGGGCAUGAAUUAACCGAAGCCUUGAUUGAUCAUUUUCGUCGGAAAAUGUUGCAUGGUGGACCACAAGCCGUUUUAGCGUCGAUUCGUCUCCAGUACUGGCCAAUAGGUGGAAGGAAGGCUGUAGCUAAGGUGAUCAACAAGUGCAUACGAUGCUUUCGAGUUAAGCCAAAAACAGCAGAACAUCUUAUGGGCAACUUGCCGGCCGAUCGGAUGCAGGCAAACCGAGCAUUCUUAGUAACUGGCAUGGAUUUUUGUGGCCCGUUUUUGUAUCGAUCUGAAGUACGCAAUAAACCUGCUAUUAAAUGCUACAUCUGCCUGUUUGUUUGUUUUAGCACAAAGGCUGUGCACCUCGAGUUGGUUAGUGAUUUGUCAACACCAUCGUUUAUAGCCGCACUCAAGCGCUUUAUAUGUACGCGUGGUAAACCUAAAACGCUUUGGUCUGAUAACGCUAUAAACUUCGUUGGUGCGAAAAAUGAAUUGGCAGAGCUAAAGCGACUAUUUUCCAACGAUCAAAAUUGCCAAGCAAUUCAUCAGCAGUGCCUCGACGAUGAAAAUCCUGAAGACCUCGACGUACUAACUCCGGCCCACUUUCUGAUCGGGUCCGCAUUCACCGCGUUGAUUGAGCCAGACGUUUCAGUGCUUAAUAUUAACCGCUUGGACAGGUGGCAGCGGGUCUGCUAUAUGCAGCAAAUCUUCUGGAAAAAUUGGUCUGCUGAGUAUCUCACGCUUCUGCAGCAACGUAGCAAAUGGCGCUCCCGAAAGCCGGACAUUGAAAUCGGAACCAUGGUGCUUGUUAAGGAUGAGAAUUUGCCUCCGCUGAAGUGGCCGCUGGCCAGAGUUAUUGAAAACAUCAAGGGCAACGAUGAAGUUGCGCGAGUGGAUGUUCUUCGCACCGCUAGUGGCACUACCAGGCGCGCUAUCAACAAGUUGUGUGUCCUGCCCAUGGACCCUGAUGUAGUUGAAAGCCUACCGCUUCCAACGGAGGGAGGAUGUUUGGAGAAGCACCAAAAUUCUUAA